GUUUCCGCACUGACAAUACAACUGUAAAGGUUAUUAUGUGUGGGGGCGAUGUUGACAUUGUAAAGUACCCCCUCUGAUAGUAGCUCUGGAUCCGCUUUCUGCGCUAAGGGGGUCGAUGCGAGGGGUCCAUCAACUUUCUCCAGAACUCAAACUUGAAGAAGCAAAUCUCGCGCCUGCAUUCAUGAUCAGCUGAGCCAUUGCGGCGGCCCUAGCAUGAUGGCCCUGGUGGUGCAGCAGCAAGCAGCAAUCAGCACCCUUGCAUCGGUCCCCCGGGCAACAACCUCGAACGCUGCAACAACCACGUCUCAUCCUGCUUUGAUUGGUCUCUCUCCUUCCGCUCGCCAAUUGACGCCCUUGAGUAGACGAACUCCUUUUGCUGAUCUCUUGAGAAGAAGGGGUGUUGGCAGCGAUCUGGUCAGAGGCAGUCGGAAGAAGAUGGCCGAAGCAGCUCUGGGACUAUUUGGCGCGCCAGCCAAGGGCAAGGUGGGGGAAGAUCUUCCCAAGGGGUACGAGAAUGAUGAUCCAUCCAAGCAUAUGCCGAAGCGCAGAGCAGGGAUCUUGCUGCAUCCUACGUCACUUCCGGGGCCCAAUGGGGUUGGCGAAUUUGGCGACGAGGCCUUUAAGUUCAUCGACUGGUUGAAGACAACAGGGUGCACUGUAUGGCAGGUGCUGCCACUUGUGCCACCAGGCCGGAAGUCAGGAGAGGAUGGCUCCCCUUAUGCGGGACAGGAUGCAAAUUGCGGAAACACGCUCCUCAUCUCCCUGGACAAGCUUGUUGACGAGGGCCUCUUGGAGAAGUCAGACCUACCAAAACCAAUGCCCGUGAAGCGUAUUGACUACUCUGCUCUAGUGAAGCUCAAGGACCCCAUCCUUGCCAAGGCGGCGAAGAACCUGCUGAGCAAAGGGGGCAAGCUGAAGAAGGAGAUGGAGCAGUUCCGCAAGGAGCCUACUAUUUCAGGCUGGCUGGAGGACGCCGCGCUCUUUGCUGCGAUCGACCAGGCGGAGGACAAGGAGUUUUGGUGGGAGUGGUCAGCGCCGCUGAGAGACCGCGAUCCCAAGGCGCUCAAGGACGCCAGGAAGCAGCAUGCGCAGUUUAUCGACGAGUUUGUAGCCCAGCAGUUCCUGUUCCAGCGCCAGUGGCUCGCUUUGAAGAAGUACGCGAACGAGGCCGGCAUCUCGAUCAUGGGGGACAUGCCCAUCUACGUCGGAGGCCACAGCGCGGACGUCUGGGCCAACAGGAAGUCGUUCGCGCUGGACAAGGAGACGGGCAAGCCCGCGGCGGUGAGCGGCGUCCCGCCCGACGCGUUCAGCGCGACGGGGCAACUGUGGGGCAGCCCGCUGUACAACUGGAAGGCCAUGGAGAAGGACAACUACGCGUGGUGGGCGCAGCGCAUGAAGCGCGCGUUCAACCUGUACGACGAGUUCCGGAUCGACCAUUUCCGGGGGCUGGCCGGCUACUGGGCGAUCGACGCGGAGGAGACGACGGCCAUGAACGGGACCUGGAAGAUGGGCCCCAGGAUGAAGUUCUUCGAGGCGAUCAAGAAGGCGGUGGGGAAGAUCGACAUCGUGGCUGAGGACCUGGGUGUUAUCACCACCGAUGUGGUGCAACUACGACAGGCAAUUCAGGCGCCGGGCAUGUCUGUCCUCCUGUUCGCAUUCGGCGGCGACUCCCGCAAUCCGCACCUGCCCCACAACCACGAGACCAACCAGGUGGUUUACCCGGGAACGCACGACAACGACACAGUGCUGGGCUGGUGGCAGAAGGCGGGCGAGAAGGAGAAGACCCACGUCAAGGAGUACUUCGGGCUCCAAAGCGACGACGAUAUCUCGCACGCCUUCAUCCGGGCGGCUGUGGCGUCCGUCGCGCGGACCGCCAUGUUCUCCCUCCAAGACGUGUUGCAGCUCGACAACUCAGCGCGCAUGAACACGCCCGCCGUGCAGCUUGGCAAUUGGGGUUGGAGGGUAGGGGAGAGUGGAACAUUUGACAAGUUGAAAGACGAAGCGGCUUUCUUGCGAAAAGUUUUGGCGUACUACAACCGGAGUCCUGAGCUUGAGGAAGCCAAAGAAGAGAUCAAGUCCGACAAGACUGAGAUUGUGGAGGAUAAAGACGGUCUUUUGCAAGUAACAGCAUAGCCAGCCAAGGCGCAGCUUAUUGAAACUGAUAAGUCAGAUCGAACUUUCUGCAGCUUGCACCCUGAAACAACUUGCGAGAACCAGGGUCUUGUAGAUUUACUCACUCGUAGCCAAAAGAAACAGGCGCUGCCAAGGGUGAGAGGUGGCAGGUUUCUCAAAUUGGAUGUGCAUCCUUGUAGACCUUGCAGAAAGGAAGAAAGGGCGGCUGCUACCUUAAAGCGAUAGUUAUUGCGCCCUAUUAGUUCAAGUCUAUGCAUUGACACAGAAAAUUCAGUGAGCGCCAUCGGGACCAAUGAGUUACCUUCGGCUACUGGCAACACUCAUACUACUCACGUCAGACCUGAAUGAUUGUUGGAACGCCUGCCAUGGACGGUCAUGCA